CCUCGAGGUAACCGAAAACAAGGUGCAUCAUGUAUCAUCACGAAAGCAAUCAGAGAUCACUUAUUAUUCUUACGCCAAUACAUCUGGUACAGCCCUGCACCUUUUUUGCUCCCUGAUGGCCUGGUCCGCUUGGUGAAUAAACAGAUAAACUGGCAUUUGGUACUUGCAAGCAACGGGAAGCUUCUGGCUGCUGUUCAGGAUCAGUGUGUGGAGAUCAGGUCUGCAAAAGAUGAUUUUACGUCUAUUAUUGGGAAAUGUCAAGUUCCAAAAGACCCCAAGCCCCAGUGGAGGCGGGUGGCGUGGAGCUACGAUUGCACGCUGCUGGCCUACGCAGAGAGUACAGGCACCGUGCGGGUGUUUGACCUCAUGGGAAGCGAGCUCUUCGUCAUUGCCCCGGCAUCUAGUUUUGUGGGCGAUUUGAGCUGUGCCAUCGCUGGGUUGAUAUUUUUAGAAUACAAAGCCAGUGCACAGUGGUCGGCAGAACUCUUGGUCACCAAUUACCGCGGAGAACUCAGAAGUUACCUCGUAAGUGUUGGAACAAACCAGAGCUACCAAGAGAGUCACAGGUUCAACUUCAGUAGCCAUUAUCCUCAUGGAAUCAACACUGCAGUUUACCAUCCCGCUCACAGACUUCUGCUGGUUGGUGGCUGUGGAGACUCUGAGGUGGGCGUUUCGAGGGCAGCCAGCUGUGGCCUGUUCGUGUGGAGAGUCCUCUCAGGGUCGCCGUAUUACAAGCAGGUCACCAGUGGUGGAGACAGCGUCACUGAGGCACCAAAGACACUGGGACUACUGAGGAUGUUAAGCACCAAGCUCUAUAGCCACCAGGGCCAAGAACAGGAUGGGAUCUUCAAGAUGAGCCUCUCUCCAGAUGGGAACCUGCUUGCAGCCAUCCACUUCUCGGGGAAGCUGAGCGUCUGGGCUGUGCCGUCCCUCAGGCAGCUGCGCGUAUGGGAGCAGAGCGAGCAGCCAGGCUACGAUGACCUUAAUCCUGAUUGGAGGCUCUCUGCUGAGAAGAGAAAAAAAAUAAAAGAUAAAGAGUCCUUGUACCCGCUGAUAGAUGUCAAUUGGUGGGCAGACGGUGCUGUGACUCUGGCUCGGUGCUCUGGUGCUCUCACCAUUUUCUCUGUGAAAACGUUGAAGAAUUUACUCGGAAGAUCCUGUGAAUGGUUUGAACCAUCGCCCCAAGUCACAGCUACCCAUGAUGGGGGAUUUUUAAGUUUGGAGUGUGAGGUAAAACUUGUCCCCAAACGCUCUCGUUUGGAGCUGAGAGCUGGAGACGAAGAUGACGGAGAAGAGGAUUCUGACUCUGAUCACGAAGCGUCCGCCAAAGCUCGCUACUUCGGUUACAUAAAGCAGGGCCUUUACUUGGUGACAGAGAUGGAGCGAUUUGCACCUCCACGGAAACGGCCUCGGACCAUUAUGAAAAACUACCGCCUCGUGAGUCUGCGCUCCACGACCCCGGAGGAGCUGUAUCAGAGAAAGAUUGAAAGCGAAGAGUACGAGGAAGCCUUGUCUUUGGCUCACACCUAUGGCCUGGAUACGGACCUCGUCUAUCAGAGGCAGUGGAGAAAGUCAGCUGUCAACAUUGCCUCCAUUCAGAAUUACCUGAGUAAAAUAAAGAAGCGAUCCUGGGUGCUCCAUGAGUGUUUGGAGAGAGUUCCUGAAAAUGUGGAGGCAGCCAAAGAGCUGCUGCAGUAUGGUUUAAAAGGCACAGACCUGGAGGCCCUCCUUGCCCUGCAGAGAGGAGUGCACACCAGCAGGUUUACCCUGCCCGGUGACGUGGACAUCGAUGGUGUCCCCUAUGAGGAGCUCUCAGCACCCUUGGAGGAGCUCACCAGGAGGCAGAAGGAGAAGGCACUCGGGAGGAGACAUGAACUACUUAAGCUUGUAAACUUCUCAGAGUUGACCCUGGAACAGAAGGAACUUUGCCGUUGUAGACUGAAGUUACUGACUUACUUAGAUCGACUUGCAACAUACAAGGAAAUCCUAGGAGUGCCUCAUGCCUCUGAGCAGAGAUACGAUGCUGAAUUCUUUAAGACAUUCAGGAGGCAGAAUAUUGUUCUCUCAGCAAGAAUUUAUGCUCGGGAAAGUAAUGUGGCAGCCCUGGAGAUUCUGUUCACUUACCACGGCUCUGACCUUCUUCCUCAUCGCCUAGCGAUUCUCUCCAACUUCCCAGAAACCACUUCCCCACACCAGUACUCUGCGUUGCUGCCUGAAGCAUGUCAUCACGGUGGCUCCUUGGUGAUCAUUCCUUGGCGUGAGCGUAAACACCGAGCUGCAGAUUGGUGCGAGGAGGCGGAGUGCAGAAUGGUUGUUGAGCCGAGCCCGCAGGACGGAAGCGAGUUCCUGUAUGCCACGCAGCCCGAGUUGCUGCCGUUCCGGACCCCGCAGCUGGCGGUGGAGGAGGUGAUGGACUGGUACCGGAGCAGGGCCGAGGAGAUCGAGCACCACGCCGGCCAGGUGGAUUGUGCGCUGUCCCUCACGCGCCUGGGCAUGGAGCGGCAGAUCCCCGGUCUGCUGGAUCUGUGUGAUGACCUGGUCACCCUGGAGACGCUGGUCUAUGAAGCUGGCUGUGACUUAACCCUGACCUUGGCAGAGCUCCAGAAGAUGAAAGACAUCGAGAAGCUGAGAUUACUGAUGAACAGCUGUUCCGAGGACAAAUAUGUGACGAGUGCCUACCAGUGGAUGGUGCCCUUCCUGCACCGCUGUGAGAAGCACUCUCCCGGGGUGGCCAAGGAGCUGCUGAGAGAGUAUCUAGUAACUUUAGCUAAAGGAGACCUAAGGCUCCCCCUGAAGAUAUUUCAACAUUCCAAACCAGAUCUACAGCAAAGAAUCAUUCCUGAUCAGGACCAGCUGAUGGUGACAGCUCUGGAGUGCAUUUACAGCUGUGUGCGCAGCGACCAGCUCCCCCUAUGCUAUGGCAUCUUGGAGUGUCUGCCACAGAGAGGGUGCGGUCAGAAGACACAGGUAACCUCAGCUCUUCACGACAGGGUGGACCAGCUGCAAAGGAUUCUCAGUGUGUCAGAGAUUUUGGAAAAACAUGGAAUUGAGAAGCCGAUUUCCUUUGUUAAAGACACUCAGGCCAGCGCGGAAGAGGCGCGCAAGCUGAUGGUGAGGCUGACCAGGCACACAGGGCGGAAACAGCCUCCGGUGGGGGAGUCGCACUGGAGGGCGUUGCUGCAGGACAUGCUCACCGUGCAGCAGAGCGUGUACACUUGCCUGGAUCCCAGCGCCUGCCAUGAGAUCUUCACCGAGAGCCUGCUGUGCUCCAGUCGCCUGGAGAACGUCCAGCUGGCCGGGCAGCUGAUGCACUGUCGAGCCGGCUUGGCCAACCCUCCAGCCAGCGCUGCCCAGAAGGGGAGGCUGCAGUACCGGGUUGGCUACGAGAAGAGCGUGGAGCUGGUCCUGGCCGCCAGCAGGGAGUACUUCAACUCCUCCACCAGCCUUGCGGACAGCUGCAUGGACCUGGCCAGGUGCUGCUUACAGCUGAUAGCAGAUAGGCCCACUGCCAUUCAAGAGGAGCUCGACCUAAUCCAGGCUCUUGGGUGUCUGGAAGAGUUUGGGGUAAAGAUCCUGCCUUUGCAAGUACGAUUGUGCACUGACCGGAUCAGCCUCAUAAAGGAAUGUAUUUCCCGGUCCCCUACGUGCUACAAACAGUCUGCCAAGCUUCUUGGCCUUGCUGAGUUGCUAAGGGUUGCAGAUGAAGACCUGGAAGAACGACGUGGGCAGGUUCUGAUCCUGUUAGUAGAGCAGGCCCUUCGCCUCCAUGACUACAAAGCAGCCAACGUGCACUGUCAGGAGUUGAUGGCCACAGGUUACCCUCAAAGCUGGGAUGUCUGUAGCCAGUUGGGACAGUCAGAAGCUUACCAGGACCUGGCCACUCGACAGGAGCUCAUGGCUUUUGCACUGACACAUUGCCCGCCUGGCAGCAUCGAGCCGCUCCUGGCAGCCAGCAGCUCUCUGGAGGCCGAAAUUCUUUACCAAAGAGUGAAUUCCCAAAUCCACCUGGAAGGAGGAGAGAGUGUUGGUGUCUCGCCGCUGAUUGGCAAGGUGCCACCUGAGGCUGAGCCAGGUUUCCCAGGCAGUGGCUCGGCUGACCUGUUGAGCUGGACAACCGCUGCCACCAUGAAAGUCCUUUCCAACACCACGACCACCACCAGGGCGGUGCUGCAGGCUGUGAGCGACAGGCAGUGGUGGAAGAAGUCUCUGACUUACCUGCGCCCCCUCCAGGGGCAAGAAUUUGGAGGCUCUCAUCAAGAUGGGGCUGUAGCCAGUGAAGACCUACAAAAACAAGGGUGUCACCCUUUUGAUGGAUCAGUCAUCUCGAAUCCCUUUGUCCCUGAGUCUGGCGUGACCUGCGACCCCUGUCAGCCUGUCCCCGUGGAGAGCCUUGCAGAGCUGUUGCUGAGGACUGGGAAACUGGCAGAGGCUGGGACGGAAGGGCAGGCAGUGUUGCCAACCACGGAAGUUCUCUUGCAGCUGGCAAGUGACGCUUUGCCCGGUGACGUGACCUUGGCCCUUGCCUACCUCCUCUCCUUGCCACAGGUAUUAGACGCGAACAGAUGCUUUGAGAAGCAGUCACACUCAGCAUUGUCUCUCCAGCUGGCAGUGUAUUACUACAGCUUGCAGAUCUAUGCCCGCCUGGCACCAUGCUCCAGGGACAACUGCCACCCAGUGUACAGAGCCCAUCCCAAAGAGGUGAUCAGGAUGGUCACCAGCUAUGUGACUCGCCGAGGACAGGAAGCCUGGCCUGAGGACCUGGCUUCGCUCACUGCGCACUUGCACUACUACAACGAAAAGCUGCUGGACUUCACACAGGCUCAGCUCCUGCAGGGCCUGGGGAAGGGCGUGGAUGUACAGCGGUUCACCGCCGAUGACCAGUACAAGAGGGAGACCAUCCUCGGGCUGGCGGAAACCCUGGAAGAGAACAUCCUUGGCAUCGCACUCUCCCUGGCACAGCGGUACGGCGUCUCCUGCUGGGCAGUCUUCAUGACCCACUUGGAGUUUCUGUUCACCGACAGUGGUUUGUCCACUGCAGAAAUUGAGACGCGGGCCCAGGCCCAACUCUUUGAGACCUUGAAGACAGAUCCGGAAGCCUUUCACAGGCACAUGGCCAAGUACAUCUACCCCUCCAUCAGUGGUCUUGACCAUGAGAGGCUGCUGUGUUAUUUUACUCUCCUGGACAGCUGUGGCUGUGCAGACUUUGGGGACCCGGUCAUGAAACCCAAGACCCACAUACAGCUGCUGAAGAAGUUUAAAGUCAUUGCAGCAGGUCUUAAUUAUAAAAAGCUGACAGACGGAAGCACGAAUCCUCUUGAAGCCUUGGAGCCGGUGCUUUCAAGUCAGAAUAUCUUACCUAUUUCCAAACUCGCUCCCAGAAUCCCCAAGAAGGACAGAGGGAUGCUGUCCGCGAGCUCACUGUACACUCUCUGGCUGCAGAAGCUGUUCUGGACAGGGGACCCUCACCGGCUCAAGCAGGUCCCUGCGUCCCCCCCAGAGUGGCUUCGUGCCUUUGAUGCCUGCGUGAAGUACUUUGAUCGCCUGCACCCGGGAGACCUCAUCACCGUGCUGGAUGCACUUACAUUUUCUGCAGAAGCUGUGACCAAGCUGUCUGUGGAGGUGCGAGAAGAGAUGACCAGGAAGGCCACUGCCACGGUCACGCAUUUGAUGGAGAAGUCACGGAAAAGGAAUUCAGAAGAUGACAUUCAGGAAGCCAGCACUUCCGCAGUUACCUAUGCUGAUGCUUUGGGUCACCUGCAGAAGUCGCUCGCCCACCUGGGGACACUGGGCCACAGCUUCGUCCUCUCCCUGAAGAACAGCGAGCAGGAAGCACUGCGGAGAUACAGUGACCUGUAUGAUCGGUCCCGAUCGGAAAAGGAACCGCUUCACCACCUUGCCGUGACCAUGUGUUUGGAGGGCCAGCCGCUGGGGACCAUUCGGCAGCUGCUUGAGGUGGCAGUCGGCCCCCAGGACUUGUCCCCCAAGGAUGUCAUGCGAAGUGCAAUUGUGAGAAUAAUUUCUGUGUUGAGUGGUGGCAGUGCUGACCUCGGCGGUACCGGGGACCCGCUCCGGGUCCUGGAGGGCAUGAUCGCAGCUGUGCACGCCAGUGUGGAUUCGGGGGAGCAGCUGGUGGCCCCCGAGGACCUGCUGGAGUGGCUGCGGCCCUUCUGUGCAGACGAUGCCCUGCCUGUCUGGCCCCGAGUCCGUGCGCUGCAGCUCUUGGAGCAGUCCUUCCGCCUGACGGAGGAGGACAGCAGGCUUCUGGUGUUCUUCCGGACAGAGGCCAUCCUCAAAGCUGCCUGGCCUGGGAGGCAGGUGGACGUCGCUGAUGUCGCGAGCGAGGAGCAGCGCUGCGCCCUGUUCUCAGAGCUCUUGGACAGCAGCCACCGAGAGGCCGAGUUCCAGCACCUGGCCCUGCUCCUGCACGCCUGGCCCCCCAUGAGGAGUGAGCACGCAGCCGGCGCGACCCGGAACCCCUGGCUGAGACUGGCGGCCGCCAUGCUGCGCAGGUGGCCGGCGCAGAGCGAGGAGAACGUGGGGGACACAGUGCUGAGGAUGUGCCGCUCUGUGCACCACACCGAGCAGAUGCUGCCCGCCGAGUAUGCGCUCAGAACCCAGCCUCCCCUCGCUGACGUCUCCUGUCUGAGCCUCUGAUUUGGCCGUCACAGAGUUGUUCCGUGUGUGCCGGGUCACACAGGUGUGCAGGUAUUCAGCUGGUCUACUCCUCACCCACUCCCGCCCCCCGUGGACCUCACGCACCGGUGCGUUGUCAGGCCGUGGACAUGGCGCAGACCUAAGCAUUUGGACCGUGGCGUUACACUGAUGGGUUAGUUUUGCAUCUCUGCCGGUGGGAGAUAAACUCGAAAGUAAAGCAACAUGUGAUCCUUUCAGUCCUCUUUAUAAUCACUGCUGUUAUGAAUGCAUAUUUAAUGGCUAGACAAGGGUUCUUUUAGUGAAUUUGAAAAUAUUUUAUCCAUUUAAACAAGUCUGCCAAGCACCAAAGUGACAGAAUUAUUCCAUAAAUAUUGAAAGUGCCAACACCAAAAUGUCAGCCCCUCCAGUGGCAUGGAGUUGGGUCCACUGCCUCAUGACCUGUGACCCGCUGUGCUGGUGUCUCCUUCACAUGCCCCGCCUCCUCUGCCUCUGGGGUCGGCUUCCCUGGACAGUGAACACUGCAGACAAAGUCUGUGUGUCGAGUGUGCCAGGAAAGAGCUGACCCUUCUUCCUCCGUUUGUAAUGUGUGUGUACUGCAUUCUUGGGCAAUUCUAUAAGCUUUUUUUUUUUUUAAUUU